UCUAAUCUCCGCGACUCAUAGCCGGUGGUAAACUCACCAGAAACAAACGUGGCUUUCUGUGAAUGCAUAUCCCUUUUUAUUUAGUUUUUCUCUGACAGAUUGAAUAUUGUCUUAAUUAUUCCAUCAUGAGUUCGUCCAUGCCGCAGAAGCGUUACUACCGACAGCGGGCCCAUUCCAACCCGAUGGCUUACCACACGUUCGACUAUCCGGUGUGUCCUGAGGAGAUGGACUGGUCUAAGCUGUAUUCAGGCUUUUUCGCAGACAACCCCUCUGAGAAAAAGCCCCCCCAGGUUGAGUUUGCAGACAUUGGAUGUGGAUACGGCGGGCUGCUAGUGGAGUUAUCUCUGCUUUUCCCUGACAAGCUCAUGCUUGGCAUGGAGAUUCGAGUAAAAGUGUCCGAUUAUGUUCAGGAUCGUAUCAAAUCCCUUCGGACCUCAGAGCCAGGGAGCUACCAGAACAUCGCCUGCAUUCGCAGCAAUGCCAUGAAGUACCUGCCCAACUUCUUCUCUAAAGGACAGCUGAGUAAGAUGUUUUUCCUCUUCCCUGACCCUCACUUUAAGAAGACCAAGCACAAGUGGAGGAUAAUUAGUCCAACACUGUUGGCCGAAUACGCCUACACGCUGAGAGUUGGGGGUUUGGUGUAUACCAUGACAGAUGUGGAGGAGGUUCACCUCUGGAUGGUGAAGCACUUCAGUGAACAUCCACUUUUCAAACGAGUCCUUGAUGAAGAAUUGGUUGGUGAUGUCAUCAUAAGUCGCCUGGGUACCUGCACAGAGGAAGGAAAGAAAGUGCAGAGAAAUGGAGGGAAAAACUUCCUUGCAGUUUUCUGGAGGAUAGAGGAUUUAAACUGAAGACCAAACCGUUUGGACAUACAAUGAACUGAAAUGAUAGUCUCACAUGUAUAUGCACACGGAGGAUACGGCUGCUCUGUGGAUCUGGAGGCUCACUCCCCCAGCACAUGAACAAGGAGUUGUUUUUUUUCCCCCUGGUAUUAUUGGACAAAUAUUUACAUCAUUACCCAAUAAAGGGUUUGAGUUUUACGUUUUUUUUUUACCAUUUGAUUCCUCAUCUCACGAAUGAAGACGCAAGAAAAAUAAAUCACAAAAGCAUCGAUUACGACGGCACCUGUGAAGUGUUUUGUAUCACCUUAAAAAAAUAUUUUGAAAUGAUUUACUUUGAUUUCAAAGAGUUGCUUUUGAUUUCCUGUAAAACUGUACAUUUCUUUCAGUAAAACAAAGAAAAUCAAUGCUGGAUUUGGUUAAUUGUGAUCAGCACCGUCAAUUGAUUGAAAGCCAGGUUUUUUUUGUGGCCUUUAUCAAAAAAAGGAUUAAGAGCAACAGCUUUUAUAGUCAGUAUGUUAUAUUUGAAGAGCAAUUGCUUAAAUAUGUUCAAAAUGACGGAAACGUUUCCAUGUGAUUGUAUAACACUGUUAGCUUUGCGUUGUUAAAUUGCAUUGUUGGUGAUGAACCUGAAAUAGAUUAGACUGAGAACUUUGCCAACAAUCUAUAUCCUGGUUUUUUGUCUGGUUUACAAAGUAAACCGACUUGCCACAGCAGUGGGUUUCUGAGCUAAUUUUAUGAUUUUAGCUGUAUAUUACAGGUUGGUGUUCUUGCCUGUCAGGAG